AUGGCGCGGAGGCCGGAGCGGUCGUUGGCGACAAACACGAUCAAAUACCGAAAUGGCAGGAGUGACGCGCGAAACGCCCAGAAAUUGGCCUCAUUCUCCUCCACCCCGCUUGUCGCCUCCCUCCUCCUCCUCUCCGUCCCCGCCGUCGAGCUCGCUCCCCGACUCGACGCGCCCAUGCCGUUCCUGGGCAUUUUUGGAAAGCGCGACAAGCACAGGACGCAGGACGCGGCCACCGAGCACUCCACGAGCACCACCUCCGACUUCGACUCCAGCGACCCCGACUAUGUUUUGCACUCAGCCGCGAGUGCGCCGCCGCGAUCCAUCUACGCGGGUCCUUCGGGAGCUUCAUCCUCGAAGCUGAAGCUGGGUCUCAGGUCCAAGAAGCCCCUCGUCUCUCGGACCGACACGAACCUACUCUCUCCACCGUCCAGCUUCUCUGCUGUCAGGUCAGAGUCCGACCAUAACCUAUUCAUUCCUCCACGUAGAUCAGCGGUGUUUGCUGCCUAUGACGACCCCACGAAUGCGCUCUCCACGAGAUCCCUACCAGUGCAGCCCACAGCAUCCUCACACUCGAACUCGAAAGAGUGGAUCGACCUCGGUUCAGAUGCUGCCUCUCCUCCCCUACCUCCCAAGCCUAACAAAGGCAUCUUCUCCUGGGCUCAUCGAGAACGAAAAAAGUCCAAGCCACCACCGCCCCCACGAACGUUGGACUCACCCGCGCCGCUUCCCGACAGUACCAUGGAUCCAGAUUCAUUCAACCUGCGUUCAUUCCGUCAUGUCCGCCCUGAAUCCCCAAGCGACUCAGUCUCCAUUCUACCACCUGUGCGCCCUCGCCCGCGCGAAGGCAGCUUUGCGUCGGACUCGUCGCAGCGUAUCUCGGUUGCUGCCUUCCGAGAAGCGCAUGCACGGCGCAGCGCCGCCAACUCUCCGGUACCCUCGUUCUCCCAUGACGCCCUUUCUCCAGGAUCGUCGGCCGGUCUACGACCGCCAUCAUCCUUCGUGAACCGUUCCUCCGCAAGGAUUUCGGGUGCAGCCAAGUCAAAUGAUUCGUCUUCCAGUAGUUCCGAUGACUCCGAGGACGAUGAUUCGGAAGCCUCCUCCACGUUGAAGCCGCGUCGCAAUCGCACGAUUACCCAAGGCAGCACGAAAUCACCUAUAAGCCCCGGGCAGAAGUCCAUAUCUGAGCUGGGCCAUCGAGCAGCGCGUCCUAGCCCUUCACCAUCUCCACGUAUGGCGAAAUCAACCUCCUCGCACUCUGCAUUUCCUCCUGCGGCCCCAGCCGGGAAGGAUGCUGGGCUCUAUUCGCGACCUCGUGCAUCAGCCUCGACCUCAGCCCUGCAGCCCGAUGUUUCAGCCCGCCGUCCUUCAGGGAUGGUUUCUCACCAGUCGGGCCCACAACAGCGCCCUGGGAUCCAGACGCCAGGACAACCCGGUUCCUCUCCUCAAACCUCUGCAACCAAGCCAGCUCCUCCAAAGCCCCACUCUAUCCUUAUCCGUUCCUCUUCUUCAUCUUCUAGCUCAAGCAGCUCUUCAUCGUCGUCAGAUGAUGCACCACUCGCCACGCUCAUCAGUGCGAGGCGCCCUGGCAGUGCCGCAUCGUCCGCGCCGUCGUCGGCGACACGAGCGCAGUCGCGUGUACCGCCAAAGCCACUCAUUGACAUAUCGACGAUCGCAACGACACCGCCUAUUCGACCUCCUGUCGACCGGCCGCCUGUUCCUGCGAAGGAGUCGCCAGUUGACGACAGGAAGAGCCUGAUGAAUUGGCGUGAGAAGGAGAAGCAGGCAUCCCCGCCACCGACGACACCGACACACGCCGCGAAACCUAGCUUGAAUGAUAGGUUAGCGCUUCUGGCCAAAGGCGCCCAGUCGCCGUCUACAGACAGUAGCCAAGAUGGGUCAAAGGAGGAAGAGAAAGAGCGCGGCAGGGGGCGCAAGCCCCCUACACGAAGUCAGACGCAACCCCCGGAGGCCACUCUAUUCCCUUCGAAAGCAACAGCCUCGCCCUCACCAUCACCCUCGCCUGUGCCGCCGAGGAAGCCGAAUGGACGUUCGAUGUCCUCGCCAAACGCGACGUUUGAAGACGUCAAACAGCACGAUGGCAAGGCCGCCCCAGACGCGCCUCCGAUCGUGCCUACCCCCAUCCGCACGCGGACGCCACCACCGGCUUUUGCGGUCACGUCCCGGCCCACGUCCCAGUUCUCUAUGUUGUCUAUUGGAGCCCUCAACCAGCAAGAGCCACAGUGGCAUGCUGAUUCACGAGCAUCUGAAGAGACGGUCAGGACGAGCCGCGCAAGGGCAUCCACUCUCAUUGCCGAUGGCGAGCAGGCGCGAUCGAAGGGGUUCACUGGUGGUGGUCUCUUGGCUGCAGCCGCAGCCGGGUCGACUUCGUCAUUGUCCGGUCAAUCGACUGGAAGUGGCGCCGUCCCUACGCGCGCUGGACGACAGCGUGCUAGUACCAUCAUCUCGUCAUCGCCAGCGCCAGCGCCUUCAAUCUCGCCUUCGCCGUCUCCUCUGGGAAGCUCUGUGGACGCACGGUCACGGUCAAGGUCGAACGUGCGCCGGAACUCGCAGCUCGACACGCCGCCCCAUGACCUGCCGCCUCCGCGCCUGGUUACUCGCACCACAAGCCCCGACACCCGCAAUGUUGGCUCGUCCGCCUCGUCCCCGACAAUGCGUCCCCUCAAGUCUGCUUUGAAGCCAUCGCCGCAGCCGUCCCCCGUCUCCGAGGCCAACGCUCCGUUCCCUCGCAGCCGCACUUCUUCCCUUGCGGCGUUCUCGUCCUUCCCCACACCGCCGAGACCGUUCGCGGAGUCAAGCUCUGGGUUUGGCCUGCGCGGUAACAGCCCUGCAAGCUCUACGGGCGACUCGAGUAGUGGCCGGACGCCCAUCACGCCGGUGGACGGUAGCGACCUCAGUGCCACCGCGCCUUCGGCAAUGAGUGCACAGCGGCGCACGCACAGGAAGAGCGCAAGCGUCACGUUCGACGAACCUGAACGUGGGCGUCCUGGGGUGCGCGGAGAUGUGGAUAAUGCGGAGGGAUCUGGCCCAGACGAGCGCAGAAGGCGCGAACGGCGCCGCAGCGAGGCUAAGGCGGCGAUCGAGCUCGGUAAGAUCGUCAACGGCAAGGGCCCGAUCGCGACGGACGACGACGACGAGGGCGCCCGCAUGGACAACAUGGGCCCGCGCAUGAACAUGUACAGCCCAAUGAUGGGCGCAGGCAUGAGUCCGAUCAACGUCACCCCGCCGACGCCGAUGUCGUUCAACGCGCCGCAGACCCCAACGGGCAUGUUCAACCCGGCCGGCGCGGGCAACUUCAUGUUCCCCAUGAUGCCCCCAAACGCCGACCCGGCGUUCAUGGUCGCGCACCAGCAGGCGAUGCUUGCGGCGAAGCAGGCUUUCCAGAUGGCCGUCGCACAGCAGGCGCUUGCUGCCGCGAACGAGGAAUGGGAACGUGGGUCUUCGGCGACGAGUGCGUUCGGUGCGUACGGUGGCAUGGGCGCGAACGGCGGGAUGUUCCCGGGCAUGAACAUGGGGAUGGGCGGUAUGGGCCUCGGUAUGGGCGGUCCGUGGCAGGGUGGCCCGAUGAUGUUUCCGAGCUCGCAGUCGAUGUACGGCGGGAGCGUCGCGGGCGGGAGCGAGCACGGCGGAGGCAGCCCUGGCUGGGGCUCACGCAGCGCGUACGGCGAGCCGAGCGGGUACGCGGGCAGCCCUGGAGAGCGCGCAUCGAUGGCGUUCCGCAACUCGCAGUACUUCGGGGGCGGAGGCGGUUUCGGGUCUGGGGCGCGUUCGGAGGUAGGGGGACCGACGAGCGCACGGAGCGGUGGUGGAGGGGGCGGGGGCCAGCAGCGGCCGAGAACGCGGACGAACCCUGCGAACGAACCACUGCCUACGCAACACGCAAAGAACAAGGGCGGGCCGCCACCGUCGAGCUGGAACGCGCGGACUAACAGACCGGGUUGAGGGACGUCGCCGAUGCCCCUCGCACUCAGGACGUAUGUGAUUCAUUGCACACUCUCGUCGCUUUGUUUGCAUGUUUUCCUCCAUCCCAUUCCCUCCUCUCCUUCCCCUCUUCUCAUAUCCGUCCUCUCGCGUCUCUCCUGUCAUCUUCAACUACACGGCGUCAUCUAAGCCAUCCAUAUUCUUGUGGACAUAUCACCAUCCUCGCUCUUUUCUUGCCGCACGUAUUUACGCAUUCCUUAUGAUAUACCCUGCAGCUUACCACACGCAUUCUACUACUAUCCACGGUUUCCGCUCCGCGCACGCGUUUUCCGAUGCACCCUAUUGCGUUAUUCUGUCCAUGGUACUCUUUCUGCGCACACAUCAUAC